AAAAAGACUUGCCAUUAGAGGAUGGAAAGGAAAUUCUGCACAUGUAAAUCUUUCUAAAGAGGCAGGAAUGUUGUGUGGAAGAUGCGCGUCCCCCGGAUAAACCUGUUCUGGAGGGAGUGACUUGAUUCAAGCGCCGUCCAAUUAUCUGAUAGCAGCAUUUAUCCGCCGCUACAGCCCCGUCUAGUCAUCCGCAAACAGGCGUGAACCGAUGUGGAAGGAAUGUUCGUCUGAAUAUUUGAUCUAACGCAGAGAAAAGGAAAUAAAAAGAGAAAAAUAAAAACGCAUGGGGAAUUCAGAAUCGGGAGAAGACUCGGCUGACUUGUGCGGCUCCAUUAACGCGACCCUAUUUUUAGGGCGCUCGCGCCGUGUCUAGUCUACUAUCAGUAAUAGUGGCUGUGCUCGCGUGAGAGACCGCUUACAAAUCUACGGAGGAAAAAAAAAAGAAAGGGACGGGAGAGCUCCAGACAAACGGAAACUGUGGCCAGACUCCAGAGGAAGUCAAUUGAUUUCGCCCUUCUUGAUGUGAUAGAUUUACAAGCUUUGCCCAGCGUGUCUGUCAGACCGUCUGUCAAAGCAAUCAACAGUUGGUGCGAGCGCGCGAUUAAAGGGACUUCGCAUGCACGAGACGCUUCAGUGAUGGGUGUGUGAUUUCAGCACCUCAGCCCUAUGGACACCCGCUUGCGUGUGACUGAAUUGUUCAGUAAUAUGGAAGACAGACUGUUGCACAUCGUGAUGCAUUGGAUGCUUUUGCGUCUUUAGUAACCUACAUUACAGCAGACUACAGACACGAGAAUGAGCAGUCUCUUCACGGCUCCCGGUGCUUUUGUUUUUAUCCACGCUUUGCAUUUGGUGUAAAAAAAAAGACUACAGACAGAGAGAAUCCUACACACUCCAUCCUUACUGGAUUUAAGGGCGCAUUGUUGUUUUCCCCUUGACCUUGCCUUGUGACGCUCAAAAGCAGCAUGUUAAUGAUGGAGAGCGGCGGCGUAGACGCGCAUCAGGUUGAACUGGACGCCGACUAUGAGCCGCACUGCCGCCCGAGGUCGUGCACCUGGCCGCUGCCGUGCCCGGAGGAGGAGAGCCGCGCGCUGCCGGUGAAAGUGGAGCCGCGCAACGUGCCGGCGUGCCGGAGCGGAGGCGCGCCGACGGAGUUCAAGCAUCCAGCCGGCGCCCCUGCGCCCAUCGCGGCCGCCCCAGCGUGCAUGUCCGGCGCCGCGCUGGAUGUGGCCGGCCAGCUGCGCAAAUCCAAGUCGUCGCGCCGGAACGCGUGGGGCAACCAGUCGUACGCGGAUCUGAUCACGCGUGCCAUAGAGAGCACCCCCGAGAAAAGGCUCACCUUAUCACAAAUCUACGACUGGAUGGUGCGAUUUGUGCCCUAUUUCAAGGAUAAAGGAGACAGCAAUAGCUCCGCCGGCUGGAAGAACUCCAUCAGACACAACCUCUCCCUACAUACCCGCUUCAUCCGUGUUCAAAAUGAGGGAACAGGAAAAAGUUCCUGGUGGAUGCUUAACCCAGAGGGUGGAAAGAUGGGCAAAGGGCCACGAAGACGAGCUGUAUCCAUGGACAAUGGCACCAAAUACCUUAAGAGCCGAGGCCGAGUUAGUCGGAAGAGAGCAGGAGCUGUGGGAGUGGGCCGAGAGCUUAGAGGACCCGGAAUACAGGGAUCGCCAGAACACGGAAGCCCAGCUGGGAAGGGAGUAAUGGGAGUUGGGGGUGAAGAGUUUGAUGCCUGGACAGACCUCCACUCCAGAACAAGCUCCUCUGCAUCAACGUUAAGUGGAUGUUUGUCUCCUAUUCUGGCUGAGACAGAACCUGAUGAACCAGAGGAAGGAGGACUUUCCUGCUCAGCCUCCCCAAGACUCUACCCUAGCCCCACCAGCACAAGAUCUCCAGCCCUGGGAACAGGGGGACACUGUCCAUCUGUCGAGCUCCCGCACCUAGCUGAUCUAACUGGAGCCAUCAGCUUGGAAGAAGGCUACUCCCAGCCUCUACCACUUAAGCGCAAUGGAUAUCACUAUGGCCCUGCACCCAAAGGAGAGACCUCCUACUGUGGAACGGUCUAUGGCCAACCAUCCAUGGGCAUGCUUAGGCAUCAUACGCCUAUGCAGACAAUUCAGGAAAACAAGCCUACCAGCUUCCAGCGUGCUCUUAGGGCAUACUCCGAGAACAGUGCCCUUGAAAGUCUGCUCGCUGGAGGAUUACAAUUCUGUAGUAAGGACAUGGUUGUGGCUCAAGGAGCAGCAUCCCAUUCCCUUAUGUCACAAUCUAACAGUGCCGUACACUCUCACAGCCACAAUCAGAGCAACAAUCACAGCCAGAAUCACGAUCAUAACCCAGAGCAUAGCCACAAUCGCAAUUCCAGUCAGAGUCUUCACAACGGCCAUGGAGUAACCCAUGAGCAAAACCCAAGCCAUCAUCACAAUCCCAAUCAAGCUCAUAAUAAGCAUCAUCCAGGUCUUGAAUACAAUCACCACAAACACCACCAUGGCCAUGAAUAUGUUCAAUCUCAUGACCACAAACUCAACGCUAGUGCCAAUCCCAACCACAUGCACAAUCAUCUGCCGCUCAACAACUCCAGACAACCAGAGCUUGCUCCCAGGGUAAACAAUGAUAUGUUGCAACCCUACAACCACAAAUCACCCAGCCUUUAUGGCUCACGUGCUCACCUUCCUUCUACUGCCCUGCCUCCUAAUCCUGCCAGUGUCUUGGAUGUACCCCAAGACCCAUGUCGUCUGGCUUCAGCCCCCCACCCUCGCCAUCAGUCCUACCCAGGUUCCCACCUCCACCAGGGCAUGACAGAACCCUGGCAAGGCUAUUACCACCACACAUCACAGAACUCUAAUUACCAUGGCAACCACCAAGCUAACCAUCACCAGGAUCCUCACAACCGGUUGCAGUCUGAGAUGGAAAUGGAUGUGCACCAGAGCACUCUGGAUUGUGAUGUGGAAUCCAUCCUCCUGAACGACUUCAUGGACUCAACAGAGGGAAUGGACUUUAACUUUGACGGGUCGCUAUCACAGGGUGUUGGCAUGGGAAUAGGUUUGGGAAUGGGAAUGGGGGUUUUUGCAGGGCCUCAGCAAUCACAUAACAGCCAGAGUUGGGUGCCUGGGUGAACUGGGGCAUUGAGGACCUACAUUUAGGCAAAACGUUCAACCAUACAGCCUUCUGAAGGGCAGCAGGUCAAGUCGGGAAUUCAAAUGAACAAAUUGACCAAGAUUCCCUUUUGCUGAUGUCAUAUCUUGGACUCAGAGUUAUCCCUUGCUCCAUUUUCUUAAAAUCCCCCCUCCCGUCGUCUAUUCAAUUUUCCCUCCUGUGGAAUAAUGUCAUAGCGCCCUAACAAUCCUUUCUGUGGUUCAUGUCCUUCAGUUUGUGCUCAAUUCAUCACCUCCAUGUCUUUCUGGGCAAAUGCUCUGAAGCACUUUACAUCACCAUCUAUUCCAAUGCUGUAAUGACCACCCUGCGACCUGGGAGGAAUCACAUUGUCCGCUGGCCUGGGUUUAAUGUAUGCAAACGACUUUGUUAUCCUUCCUGAUAAAAAAAAAGUUAAUAAUUAAGUGUUGGUGUUGUUUUACUAAACAUGAGUACAGGAUUGAGCAGUUGCUAUAGCUGUCUUAGUGUCUGUGCUGUCAUUUGUGUAUCUGUCAGUGUGUGCGGGUGUCAGAGUGUGGAUCUGCUUUCUUUGGUAAAUGUGUGCACCUCUUCCCAAGUAGGUCUAUUGGAUGUCCCUUUAUUGUGGGCCAGGACAGUCAUCCAUCAGACACACUCUAUUGAUAUUCAGCAUAUCCUUUUUAAUCUCCAAAGUAAUGCACCAGCUAUGCAUCACUGUUGCAAAUAGAAUGUGAUGCUUGGAGUGUGCAGGGCUGUUUUUCCCCCGGACACACAACGGCUUAAUGUGUUUUGGCGAAAGUGAUGAUUAAAGUCACUCUGCAGUAAGUAUGUGUGUGUGUGUGUGUGUGUGGGUGGUGGGGGGUACGGGGGUGGUUUUAGAAGGAGGUAGAGAGGGCAGAGAUAGAUAGAUAGAUAGAAGGGGAAAAGGAGAAAUGCAAAUAUUAUCACUAUGCCCCCUUCCUCUCCAUUCUGUGAAUAUAUAAAGCUUUCCCUGUAAUGAAAUAAGGAACGAUCCAACACUACCGCACAUCCUGUGCAGGGCUUUCUCCUGGUUCACCUCAGCCUAGCUUCUCCAUGGCAGCCUUCCUCUGUCUCCAACCAAUGCACUGGCUUUAUUCUGGCCACAUUCUCAUUAUUCAUCUUAUGCAGUGUUUCCCUAGGUAAUCAAUUAUGAUUGAUCAAAUUUGAAGCAGUCAACCCUUAUUAACUGUGUGUUAAUGUAAUACAGAGCUGGAAUUGUAUCCUUAAUGAGUCACAUCUUGACUAACCUGACUAACUAUUUGAUGGUAGUGCUACUUAAAGGUUGCAAAAGGGAAGGUGUCUAAUAUCUGGUUUUCCACCAUUUUUCAGAGCCUUUGUGUCCUACACUAGUGAACUGUAUACUGAUUAAUUCAGUCGGCAAGCAAAAAAAAAAAAAAAAAGAAAAGAAAAAAGGGUGCUAUCUUCUCUUUGCAGACAUCCCCUAUCAUGUUGCCCUUAUCCAGUGAUCUCCUAGACUCAAGUCAUUUAUAUUUUCUCAUUCUGAGUGUAAGAUAACACCAAGGAUCCAAACAAAAAAGACUCCUCUAAUUAUGACAUGGUUUGGUGAGGUUAGAGGAAACAUAUGGGGUACAUUUAUGCACACAUUGCAGAUCCCAGUUGUCGUAUCCUAUUAUGGCCACUAGAUAGGGGUGGAUAAAGAAAAUAAUGAUAGCAUAUGCCAAACAUAGUAAAUAUUAAUUGGCAAAUACAAACAGAAGUCGCAAGUGCUUUCUGACAAUCGAAAACACACGAAGUACAGCAUCAAAAGCUGAAGGCUAUGUGAAUCAGUACUUCUCUGACCAAGUCUUUACAGAAGGCAUUUUCUAGCAUCAGAUGAUAAAAGCACUGUUCACUUCUGAUGUUCCAUAAUGACAGGAUUAUAAUGUCUCCAUGUACACUAUUGAACAAAUUCAAGAGUAAUUUCAUGGCUGCCAGUAUAAAGUCACCUUCCAUGGCCAACCACCAAAUCAGAACAUCUUUGAAUUUUUAUGUAAAUUUCUGGAGCACAAAGAUUCCACGCCCUUCAUUACAAAAAAAGGUCUGUUCCUUAAACAUUGCAACAAGUACUUGUUGUGAAGGAGCUCUUAUCAUUUCCUUGAUAUUUAUAUACUGUUUUGGUGGUUCAGGUUAUUUUGUCCACUCUUUGUAUCUUGUAUUUGCUUUUGUCUACCAUAACUGAUGUUCCAUAUAGUGCACACACACACACACACACACACACACAGAGUUUUUUUUUUAUAUAUAUGCUGCCAGGUGCUUUCUCAGAGGCUGAAACUGUCCGCAAAUACAUGACUUGGAAGCAGCUUUUUGUUCUGCUUAAAUUUUGAUGAGAAAGAACGUACAUGGAGAGAGAAAUGGAGAGCGCAGUUAAAAAUGAUAAAGGAAGCUGACACAGAGUGAGUUGAAAAGGAUGGCACUAGGUUGCUUGAAAGAAAAAAAAGCCUUCACAGGUAGAGAUGGUGUGUGUGAGUGUGUGUGUGUGUGUGUGUGUGUGUGUGUGUGUGUGUGCAUUAGAGAGAGAAUCUGUCAAAGUAGCUUCCCUCAGCAGAGCUGUUUGAAUCAGGCCAAAUGUCAAGUGGCUCUCUACAGUGUUUCUUACACAGCCCGAUCAGAUAGCCAUCCCUCUUUCUCACUGUCUCUCUAUCUUGCCAAGGACAAUGAGCCCUGUCUUCAUCCGCUUUCAUUCCCUUCUUUAUGUUCGAGGUGGCCAGGAAUCUGUUGUUAUCCAACUGUGAUUUUGAUUGCUGGCCUAUGCCUGCUUCAGUGCUCAGCUUCAUGUGUGUGUGAGUGUGUGUGUGUGUGUGUGUGUGUGUGUGUGCGUGUGUGUGUCUGUGUGUGUGUGUACCACAGUGACGUAACUGAAAUGAUAUUAAAGUGAACUGAAAUUGUGCCCUGGUAUUUCCUAUGCCUGGCUAUCAAUAAUAUAAUAUACACAGUUUAUAUUUAUUGGGUAUAAAGAUGGGCUUGUGGAUGACAGUUUGGAGCUCCUGUAUCCCAUUCAUCUAUAUUGCAAGAUCAUGAUUCUAUUACAGUUCAUUUCUGUCACAAUGUUGUACAAAAAAAUCUGUAUUGAGAAAAUUGUAUAAUAUUUUUUGACAAGCAAAUAUCAGUUUUAUUUCUUUUUAAAUGAUGUAUCUGCUCAUCUUGUGGCCUGUAAAAUAAAA